AUGUUGCCGCCGUUCAUUGUGGCAGGGUUAUUCUCAAGUUAUAUCUUGAUAAUGGGAUUGAUGUUCUCCCAAAUAUCUCAUGUUUCUAAUUCGAAUGCUUCUGUAUCUUCCGCGGCCAAGUCAUUAGAAUCGCUUCGAGUAAAGAGAGAUUUGAUAGGGCUCUCGGGAAAGGAAUUAUUGAAAUAUUUUAAGACCAAUUUACCAACAAUAUCAUCUAACUCUGUGUUUGCGAACCUUGAUCAUCCUUUGGGUGUUACAAAAGUAUCACAAUUGUAUGAUGCUUUCCAUGACUAUCUUUUUGGGGAGGAUCAGAGACCAAUAGUGCAAAAAUUGACCCAAGAUGUGACCAUAAUUCCAAACGUUCAUUCGCAUAAUGACUAUUGGAGAUCACUACCAUUAUUUGAAGCACUUAUGUACGGAGUCACAAGUGUGGAAGCUGAUGUCUGGUUGACGGAGAAUAACACCUCAUUAAGCGUAAGUCAUGAUACUCGACAUAUAGAUCCAAAGCACAAGUCCUUGGACAUAUUGUACACUCAGCCACUAUUGGAGAUGUUAAAUCACGUAAAUGGACCUCAGAAUUAUCAUCAUUCUGACGUCAAAGAGAUCUUCGACGAACAGGAUAACAAAAUGCAUGGUGUGUUUUACGGUGACUCUUCACGGUCUUUGCAGUUAUUGAUUGACUUCAAGUCCGAAAAUAAUGAGAAAACCUAUGAAUUGUUGAUGUCAAAAUACUUGAAACCUUUUAUCCAACGCAACUAUUUAACAUAUUUGGAUUUAACGACAAAUGAAAUUAUUAGAGGGCCUCUAACUAUUGUGUUGACGGGGAAUUAUCCAAUCAAAGAAUCAAUCCUAGAUUAUGAAUCAGAAGAUGCGACAUCAGAAUCUAAUAACCAUGAAUUGAACAAAGGGUACUUCAGAGACAAUAAAAGAUACGUCUUUUUAGAUUUACCAUUACACAAACAACAAUUGUUAGCUAAACUACCAACCUCAGUGUUGUCAUCAGCCUCACUAUCUCAACUUUUAACAAAGUGUCAGUCAUCUCUGAUGCUACUAAAGCUUCGAGGUCAUCUUUCUGAUGAUGAGCUAAAAUGCAUUAAGAAGUACAUUAAUCAUGCAAAAGAAUACCAUUUGGCAACUAGAAUUUGGGGGAUCCCUGAUUGGCCAAUAUCCACUAGAAACAGGCUAUGGAAACAACAGUUUUAUGAUUUAAACGUAGAUUACAUCAACACAGAUGAUCUAAAGGAUAUCGCAAAUUUCUGA